GGACGUGACGCCAGUUUGACACCAGUGGCAGUUGGAGCCGCCGCUGCCACCUCAACAUGGAGGAGAGACACCCCAGCGCUUUCUGCUAAGGAGCGGAGCCCACAGAGAGGAAUACCCGGCGGCCUCUGCUCAAUUCAUCAUCCGAGGCCAUCGCAGAUGAUACAGCGGUCAUUUUUUCUCCGUUACGGCAAAGGAAAGCUGCGCUUUUUAUUCGAAAGAUGGCGAACGACUCUCCGGCUAAAAGUCUGGUAGACAUAGACUUGGCUUCAUUGCGGGAUCCGGCUGGGAUAUUUGAGCUGGUGGAGGUAGUUGGAAAUGGCACCUAUGGACAAGUAUACAAGGGGCGACAUGUCAAGACCGGACAGCUGGCUGCCAUCAAGGUCAUGGACGUCACGGAGGAUGAAGAGGAGGAAAUUAAAUUGGAGAUCAACAUGCUGAAGAAGUAUUCCCACCACAGGAACAUAGCCACCUACUAUGGAGCUUUCAUUAAGAAGAGCCCCCCCGGACACGACGACCAGCUAUGGCUGGUGAUGGAAUUCUGUGGCGCCGGUUCGAUAACGGAUCUGGUGAAGAACACCAAAGGGAACCAGCUGAAGGAGGACUGGAUCGCCUACAUCUCCAGAGAGAUCCUCAGGGGUCUGGCCCACUUGCACGCCCACCACGUCAUCCACCGUGACAUCAAAGGCCAGAACGUCCUGUUGACCGAGAACGCCGAAGUCAAGCUGGUGGACUUCGGCGUAAGCGCCCAGCUGGACCGGACCGUGGGCAGGAGGAACACCUUCAUAGGGACCCCGUACUGGAUGGCCCCCGAGGUUAUCGCUUGUGAUGAGAACCCGGAUGCGACGUACGACUACAGGAGCGAUCUGUGGUCGUGCGGCAUCACGGCGAUAGAGAUGGCAGAAGGAGCACCGCCUUUGUGUGACAUGCACCCCAUGCGUGCGCUCUUCCUUAUUCCAAGAAACCCUCCUCCUAGGCUCAAAUCUAAAAAAUGGUCCAAAAAGUUUUUCAGCUUCAUCGAGGGCUGCCUGGUGAAGAACUACACGCAGCGGCCGCCGACGGAGCAGCUCCUGAAGCACCCGUUCAUCCGAGACCAGCCCAACGAGAGGCAGGUCCGCAUACAGCUGAAAGACCACAUCGACCGCACCAAGAAGAAGAGGGGCGAGAAAGAUGAGACGGAGUACGAGUAUAGCGGCAGCGAGGAGGAGGAAGAGGAUCCCCCAGAACAAGAAGGAGAGCCCAGCUCCAUUGUCAACGUGCCAGGCGAGUCGACUCUGCGCCGCGACUUCAUCCGCCUGCAGCAGGAGAACAAGGAGCGGUCGGAGGCCCUCCGCCACCAGCAGCUCCUCCAGGAGCAGCAGCUGCGCGAGCAGGAGGAGUACAAGCGCCAACUACUGGCCGAGAGGCAGAAGCGCAUUGAGCAGCAGAAGGAGCAGAGGCGGCGUCUGGAGGAGCAACAGCGACGUGAGCGCGAGAUGAGGAGGCAGCAGGAGCGCGAGCAGCGCCGCCGCGAGCAAGAGGACAAGAGGCGCAUCGAGGAGAUGGACCGUAGGCGCAAAGAAGAGGAGGAACGCCGGCGUGCGGAGGAGAAGAGGAGGAACGAUCGAGAGCAGGAGUACAUCAGGCGCCAGCUGGAGGAGGAGCAGAGACACCUGGAGAAGCUGCAGGAGCAGCUGCUCCGCGAACAGGCCAUGCUGCUGGCCGACGAGCGGUACCGCAAGAACAUUCAGGGCUCCCCUCAGAGCGCCCCUCCUCCCAAGCAGCCCCCUCUGCCUCCCCGCUCCUCCGAACCGUUCUCCAACGGCGGCCCCUCCUCCGAGGCCUCGGCCAUGCACCGGCCCAUGGAGCCCCAGGUCCAGUGGUCCCACCUGGCUGCUCUAAAGAGCAGCAACAACGCCGCCCCCUCUCCUCCUCCUCCUCCUCCGCCCGUGGUCGCUCGCUCCCAGUCCUUCAGCGAGUCCGGCGGCGUGGCGUCUAGCUUUGCACAACUCCACCUGCGUUCCCAGGACCCCCAUCACCACCACCACCACCACCACCACCAACAACAACAACAACAACAUCAUCACCCAUCGCCCGCACGCACUGACCCCCAACCCCAAGCUCCCCACCACCACUCUCAGGCCCAUGCUAGGCUCGAACACCAGGCCAGCAGUGAGGAGGUCCCUCCCAAGGUACCGGUGAGGACGACGUCCAGGUCUCCCGUGCUGUCGCGCCGAGAGUCGCCCCUCCCGUCGCAGCCCGUCGGCCAGGGCGGGCAGAGGAGCGCCGGCGGCAUCGUGGAGCAGCGGCCGCUGUGGGACCGCGUGGAGAAGCUGCAGUCUCGGCCGGGGAGCGGCGGCAGCUCCUCCGGCUCCUCCAACUCCAGCUCCCAGGCCAGUCCGGGCGACCGCUUCAGGCCACGCUCUUCCUCUAAAUCUGAAGGAUCGCCUCUCCAGCGGCCUGAAAACGUUCCCAAAAAACAAGAAGAAAAGAGGCCCACUCGACCGGCUGGUGAUGUGGACCUGACGGCUCUGGCCAAAGAGCUCCGAGCGGUGGACGACGUGCGGCCUCCCCACAAGGUGACCGACUACUCCUCCUCCAGCGACGAGUCCGGCACCACGGACGAGGAAGACGACGAGGAGGUGGACCAGGAGCCGGGGGACGAGUCCACCUCGGGGGCCGAGGACUCCAGAGCUGGAUAUUCCCAUGGCUUCCGCAGGAGGGUCAGCAACGGAGAGACGGAGUCUGCCAAGACCAUGCUGGUUGAAGACUCCGAGAGCGACCAGGCCACGACGCCCUGCAAGGACGGGACGCUGGUCAUCAGACAGAGCACGGCCGACAUAAAGCGCCUGGUCAGUCUCUCCUCUUCCUCGGCCGGCUCCGGUCACGUGCAGCCCCAGCCUCACAGCCACGGGCUCCCGGAGAAAAACGGCUUCCCCGGCCGCAUACACCACCUGCCAGACCUUAUCCAGCAGAGCCACCACCCCCCUUCCUCCGCGCCGACCGUCCCCUCCUCCUCCUCCUCCUCCGCCCCCUCCUCCUUCCCCUCGUCAUCUAGCCUGGCCAGCCCUGCAAUGUCCCCACUGAUCCCCUUGGACGAGCUCACUGCCAUAGAGUCCCAGUCGGAGAGCAACUCCAUGUCGAAACACAAGUCUUCCUCUUCGUUCACUCCUUUCAUCGACCCACGUCUUCUCCAGAUAUCUCCAUCCAGCGGCAGCUCCCUCAACAACAUGGUAGCCUUCGGCCAAGACGGACGGCUGGCCGACCCGAUGAGGGCCGACCCGUCCCGCAAAGGGUCGGUGGUCAACGUCAACCCGGUGAACACGCGUCCUCCGAGCGACACGCCGGAGAUUCGCAAGUACAAGAAGAGGUUCAACUCUGAGAUCCUGUGUGCGGCUCUCUGGGGUGUGAAUCUGCUGGUGGGGACAGAAAGCGGGCUGAUGCUGCUGGACCGAAGCGGUCAGGGCAAAGUCUACCCCCUGAUCAACCGGCGCCGCAUCCAGCAGAUGGACGUCUUGGAGGGACUCAACGUCCUGGUCACCAUAUCAGGUAAAAAGAACAAACUGCGAGUUUAUUACCUGUCGUGGCUCAGGAAUAAGAUUUUGCACAACGACCCUGAGGUGGAGAAGAAGCAGGGCUGGGUCAACGUGGGCGACCUGGAGGGCUGCGUCCACUAUAAAGUCGUGAAAUAUGAGAGGAUUAAAUUCUUGGUGCUGGCUUUGAAGAACGCGGUGGAGGUGUACGCCUGGGCACCCAAACCCUACCACAAAUUCAUGGCCUUUAAGUCUUUUGGUGAUCUGGCGCACAAGCCUCUGCUGGUUGACCUGACGGUGGAAGAAGGCCAGAGGUUAAAGGUCAUCUACGGCUCCUGCUCGGGCUUCCAUGCUGUGGAUGUGGACUCCGGUGCCGUCUACGACAUCUACCUGCCCACACACAUCCAGACCAGCAUCCAGUGCCACGCCAUCAUCAUCUUACCCAACACGGACGGGAUCGAGCUGCUGGUGUGUUACGAGGACGAGGGCGUCUACGUCAACACCUACGGACGCAUCACCAAGGACGUGGUGCUGCAGUGGGGAGAAAUGCCGACUUCAGUGGCCUACAUUAGGUCAAACCAGAUCAUGGGCUGGGGUGAGAAGGCCAUAGAGAUCCGCUCGGUGGAGACGGGUCACCUGGACGGCGUCUUCAUGCACAAGAGAGCCCAGAGACUCAAGUUCCUUUGCGAGAGGAACGACAAGGUCUUUUUCGCUUCUGUGCGCCCUGGAGGUGCCAGCCAAGUAUACUUUAUGACCCUGGGGCGCACUUCCCUCAUGAGCUGGUAGACGACCUCCUCCUCCUCCUCCUCCAACAGCCGACGUGACAAAAGCACCCAGGCAGUGACCCACAGAUGAAGAAGAUUGUGACGACGACGACGACGAAGAGGGCCUGGAGCUGGAGAAGCAUUUCCACGGAGAGAAAGAAAGAACGGCUUCCUCUCGAGCUGCUCGGGCAAAAAACAAAAACGACGGAUUGGACUGUAAUCACCAAACGGGACGGUGUCUCGAGGGCGAGCAGGUUGAAACUAUAUAACCACAACAAAAAACCCCACAUCGGCCGAACUCCUCCGCCUUCCCUGCCGAUGGUAAAUCUUUGUGUCAUAGUAAAACUUUGCAUCUUGUACGUGAACGACAGUUCCAACCUGCAUCGAAGAAGAAGAAAAGGAAGGCGAAUACUGUAUGUGCCACACUUUGAGUGUUUAGUUUAGUCCCUGUCCUGUUCAGGUAAAGUAUGCGCUGCGUUAGAUUUCCACGUCAAGCAUGACAAUAAAACACUAUAAGUCACAGCCACAGUUCUACCAUGCAGAUUUUGCUUCUUCACUUUUUAGCCUUCUGAAAGUGGCUUCUUAAGGGACCUUCUUGGUAUAUCCAUUCAAUACAGGGUACUGGAUAUCGACUUGUACAUACAGACUCUCACAGGUUUUCCACACACCUUUAACUCAAUGCCUCAUGUGCUGUAGGUUACGUUGGACACAGCCCCGUUUAUGACCGCAUGACGCUUAUUAUCAAAGUUAGCCCCAGUUUUUCUUUUCAAUACACUGUAUAUUAUGUACGUGACUUGCUGCACAUAAACAAGGAAUCCACCGACGGUUUGAAAGGAAACAUCCACUCUAUUUAUGAUCUUUUUUUCUUUUUUUUUAAUGUUAAGACUUGUAUCCAAUCUCCUGCAGUUUCAUUGCAGAUUCUGAUCUACUGGAAAAAGAUAAACCAAAAUACGCCGGGAAAUGUGAGGAUAGCUGUGGAUUAUUUUUUUUUUUCUUUCUUUAAACAGGAGUUGUAAGUAGGGCUAGGAUAAACUGUGAAAUUAGCAGGUGGCCAUAAAGGUAGCAUGGAGGCCAGUGGGAAGAUGGUAAGGGAUUGAGGGCAGGGGUGGAUUGUCCUCCAUCAGCACGUUUGUGCCGACUCGCAUCUACUAUCUUAUAUUUUGAACGGGGCUGAACGGCCCCAACUGAUUCUCAAAUUUGGAUUUUUGCGUACUGUCUGAACCAGCCAUGUGAUUUAACUUUGGACCUUUGUCUUUUUUUUUUUUUUUUUUUUGGUUCUCACAGGCUGGUUAGUUUCCUUGAUCAUUAAUUUGUAUUUUUUUUUCCUCUUCUGACGCUCAAACGACAAGACUAGUUGAAUCUUUGUAAGAGAAAACCUCCGGGUUUCGCCUCCACUUGAUCUCGCUGUCAGUUAAGUGUGGUGCCUUCACUGUCUUCUUCACUGAGGGAAACCUGCUAAGAGCUAAUCGGAUGCGUUCACUGUCAUCUGUGAAAAGCAACAAACAAAAAGCAGUGUUAGAAACCACUUCAGAAGAAACUGACAUAUUUUUAACUCUAAAAAUUUUUAGUUUUAUUAUGUAACCCUUCAGAUAAUUAAGUAUGCAGUGGUUUUUAAAGUGUAAUGCACACCUUACGUUCAAAAUGUUUACAGAAGCAAUUGUUUUGUUGAACCAAUGUGCAUCGAUAUGAAUAUUUAUGGUUUAUUUUGAGGGCAGAUUUGUUUUUUUCCUCCUCCCUGUUUUGUAUUUUGUAUUAUUCCCUUUUUGUACUUUCAUUUAGACGUUUGUGUACAGGAAUAAUCAACCUUUUGGCUCACUUUACACAAGUCCUGAGUGUCAUUUCACUGAUUCCUCUACAUUCUGGCUGUGUGGCAGCAUGGAUCAAAUGUUUUCUACCACCCAGGUGACACGUUUCCCCCUCAAACGUUUCUCUGGCAUGUCUAAUUUAUGUCCUCUCUGUGUGUACUAUGGGAAUUACUGUAUUUUCCUGAAGGUCUUUUUAUUUCCAUUGAAUAAAAUCAGACGUAAUUUACAAUGCUGUUAUCCUUUCAUUAAAAACUUAACUGUU